GCUCUUUAUCAACAAACGAGCAACUCGGCAGGUCUAUAUUCGAUGUGUGAACAUUUCGUCUAAACAUGAAUCAAUAACUACAUAGUACCGAAGAGUCUCCGGCAGCCAUCUUAGUUGUACAGACUGCUAUCACAACAUACGCCAGGAAGAGUCCGAUCCGAUCUGUGCGUUGUACGUCUGUGGGGUCAACUCUCUCAGUCAAACUACCUUCAAAGAGCGGUUAGAGGAAAAUUGUUUUUGAGUGUGUGCUGAGACCACCCAGUAUCCCAGGAUGGACUCUGAGAUUUUGAACAUAGAGGAGAUAGUGAUGGGACGGGGAUUACCAGAUCCACCUCCUGAAGUCCCCCCUGAAAAGCCAGCCGAACCAUACAAACCCAUCACUUUGAAUGGACCUCCUGCACCCUCUGUUCAACCCUACCAGCAUGAAAAUCUGCAGUGUUUCCAGUGCUUCAUCACAUUCUGCAGUGCCAAAGCCAAGGAAAGGCACAUGAAGAAGAGCCACCGGGAAGAGUAUAAGCAACAGCUUCAGCAGGGUAACACAUUGUUCACAUGCUAUGUGUGUGACCGCACAUUUCUGUCAUCUGAGGAAUUGACGCAGCACCAGCCAACACACAGCAAGGAUGACAAGCCCUUCAAAUGCGUUCACUGCAAGGAGAGCUUUAAAACAUUCUCUGAACUCACAGCCCAUAGAAGACAAGUGUGUCCAGAGAAACAGUCGGUAUGUAAAGAUUGCAAUGAAACCUUCCGUAGUGCUGGACUGCUGCGUACUCAUCGUCUGACUCAGCAUCCCCGCCCAGAUGUAGAGACUGCAGAACAGCCGGAGGACCCUGCGAAAACCCAUCGCUGUAAGAAGUGUGGUCAGGGCUUUGAAACAGAGUCAGAGCUGGUGGCUCACCAGGAGAAGUACCCUGAAGGUCAGCAAUGCAACGGAAGCGCUUCAUCCGCGAAGAAACGUGGACGGCCUUCCAAAACUGAAGACCCAGCAGGUGUUGAGAAAAAGGGAAAGCGGAAAAAGAAAGAUGAGGCAGAAGCAUCUGAAGAGCCAAUGAAGGCCAGCAGCACAUCGGAGUCUGCAGCAACCCCAGCAGAGGAAAAGGGAAAAGCAGUUGGAGCAAAGCGAGGCCGUCCUUCAAAAGCAGCAGCAAAAUUAGAAACGGAAGAUAAGAAGAGUCCUGAGGAUGACAGUCAAGCCCCAGGGAAGGAGAAGAAACCUAAAGCAGAUCCAGCCCCGGCCCGUCAGCACCCGUGCCCUGAAUGUGACCUCUCAUUCCCCGGCUUGAUUCAGCUCCGUGCUCACAAGAAGGAGAAACACACCCCACGGAAAGCCCACCCCUGCGACGAAUGUGAAGAGAGCUUUGCCCGUCCUGAGCAGCUGGACGCCCACAUGUCUCGGGCUCACGCCGUUGGUCGCUUUGCCUGUCCAACCUGCGGGAAGAGCUUCGGCCGUGAGCGCACCUUGAAAGCUCACCAGAAAAGCCACCCAGAGGAAAAGCCUGAAAACCCAAGUGCAAAGAGAUAAUUUACACAUGGGGACAUUGUGGAAAGUGUAUGGUUUUUGAAGAUUUUAGUCAGGAAUUGCCUUUAUUUCUUUUAACAUUGGAGCUCUGAUGCUCCAGAUCAUGGUUUCAGAUGAGUUUGGAAUGGUUUUGAGAAUACUGUUUUAGCAAAUUUUGGAUUUAAAGUUGGGUUUUGAUUAUGAGCUGAUGGAAUUAUGGACAAACAGACACAUCAUCUAAAUUGACUAACCAAAUGUUGUUAAAUCCAUCUAUUACACCCUUUGUCACAGAGCAUAGUUUAUUUGUAAAAACAAACUGUUUUGAUUAACUUUUUAAAUGAUUUGUUUCAGUUUUUUAAGCGUGAAAUGCGUGUGGUGUGAAUUUAUUACUUGGUGUCUUGAGUUAUUCAACUCAUUUUGUGGUUUAAAAAAUGUUUUUUUAAUGUUUUUUUCCUCUUGGUUUUUUUUUUUUUUU